UUUGAAUUUAUGGAAAAAUUGGCCAACUCUACUUAUAUAAAUUUUCAAAAUAUACCCAACAACCAAACGAUAGACUUAAUACUAGAUCGCUUAAAUAUAACACCCGAUAAAUAUAUGGAACUUAUAUAUAAUUUAACCGGAGAUACAUCUAUUAAAUACAGAAACGAUUUAGAUGAUGUAGCUGAUAAAAUACGUAGUACUACGGGUGAUUUUAUUAUAGAAACAAGACAAAUUUUAACCGAAUAUGGUCUUUGUUAUAUGACCAACACGAUGUUAUCGGAAAAGUUUACCUCUUUAUAUUUGAUUUGGGGUGAAUAUCCGGUAAAUGAAAUAAGAGAUCUUAAGACAACACUGCAGGUAAAGCAGAGCAGUUAUUUUGAUAGUGAUGUUAGUUAUAAUUUUUUGGGUUUCAAUGAUAGACCCAUAGAUGGAUUUUUGCAUAGUUCUUAUGAAAUCAUGCAAGUGGAUCAUAACUUGGGUUAUACCAAUGAAUCCUUGCAGGUGGAUGUAGAUUGUAUAGAAAUUAUAACCGAAGAGGGUUUUGAAAGUGGCGCCAGUGUGGAACAGCGUAAAUGUCGUUUCCAGCAUGAAAGUAAUUUGACACAUUAUCCGGUAUAUACAAGAAAUCUAUGCCUCCAGGAAUGUCGCUUAAAUUUGGUCUAUAAAACCUGCAAAUGUAUACCACACUUUUAUCCAAAUCGCAUUCCUAAACCCAAACCGAUUUGCAAUUACAAAAUUUUACGUGAAUGUUUUGUGCAAAAUGCACAUUUCUUUAUAAAACUAUACAAA